UGUGGGAGACGUGGCUCGAAAACAAACGUAAAAGCAGAAAGCGACGCGACUUUUUGUUUUGUUAAAUGUGUCGGGGCACGUUCAAAAGAAUAAGGUGCAUUUUCGCUGCGGAACCUUCGCACGGCGGCCGGUGCGUUCCACCCGGAGUGUUGACAGCUCCGGGACGGGCAGCGGUGUGAGAAGUAGCGGGGGGUGGGGGUGGGGUGCAAAAGAACCAGCGGUUAAACGGUCGGAGCUGGACUCUUUCUCUACUUCUCUCCCACGGCUUCGUUGCCUCGGCAGCGAAUAAUUAACAGGUCAGUGGGGAACUUCCCCCGGAGCCUGGGUCACGGGCUCCCUACCCGAGAUGGCGGCGGUGUCAGACCAGGCGAGCGAUAGCGAGGACCGUGUGCCGGAGACUGAGGGCGGAGGAGGAGGAGGAGGAGGCGGGCGCGCGCUGGAGACUGAGUUCGAGCGCGCGGCCGCGCACGUGCAGACGCUCGCGCAUGCGGCCGGCCGCGAGACUCUGCUCUACCUGUACAGCCGCUUCAAACAGGCCAAAUUUGGGAAAUGCAACAUUCCAAAGCCUGGAUUCUUUGAUUUUGAAGGCAAACAGAAAUGGGAAGCAUGGAAGGCGGUGGGGGAUAUGACUGCACGACAGGCUAUGAAAGAAUAUAUUGCAGCUGUAAAUAAAUUGGACCCAGAGUGGAACCCUCAGGAUUCGGUGAAGGAAUCUGAUCAGAAAUUACGGUUUGGUGGCCCUGUAGUCAGCAGCCUUUAUCAAGAGGAGAUGAUCAGGGACGAAGACAAAACCAUAUUUGAUCAUUGUAGAGAGAACAAUAUUGAUCAUAUUUUAAAAGCCCUUGUAUCCAAGAGUGUGGAUGUUAACUUGAAGGAUGAGGAGGGAAGAGCCCUGCUACAUUGGGCGUGUGAUCGAGGACAUAAAGAUCUGGUUGGCAUGUUGCUCCAACAAAAAGCUGAAAUCAACAGUCAGGACAGUGAAGGACAGACAGCAUUGCAUUAUGCAUCUGCCUGUGAAUUUGCUGAUAUCGUGGAGUUGUUGUUAAAUUCUGGUGCUGAUCCCACCAUCCAGGAUGCGGAAGGAUGCCUCCCUGAAGAGGUGACUGACUCCAAGGACAUCUCACAGAUGUUGCGACAGUAUGCUGCAUCCAAAGGCUAAUCCCAGGCCUGAUGCCUGACUCCAAAUGGAAACUACAGAAACAAUGAUGUAUUGUAACAUAUUUCAUGGUGAUUGCUACAUUAUAACAUGCAAUAAUUAAACAGUCAUUCACAAA